AUGGGCAAGCCGGACUUUCUGCCGCCUGCGUCUCCCGCAAAUGGACCUGUUACUCCGUUGACCGAGUCUGCAAGCUCCAUCUCUCUCAAUCCAACCACUUCCACAUACUCUGCCUCCAAUCUCGGCAACCAUCGCCAGACGUAUUUCGACGAUGAUCCCGCCGAAAUCGCUGCCGAUGACCUCCCUCCCCUCUAUGACGAGCACGAGAACGAUGCUGUUCCUUUCAUCGACCCUCUGGCCCCUGCCGCGGGCCCUGCAGCUACCGGCCUGACUAUUGAGCCAUUCAAGCGUGAUGCUCGCUCAGACACCGUCUAUUACAUGGACCCGCGCCUCGACUCCGAUCCCAAAUUCCUCAACGAAACCCUUGUCCACCUCUCACAAUUGCCUCCUCGGCCUUUUGCCCAAAUCCGCGGCACUCACACCGAGACUCGCCGAAAGUCAGAUGACAAGACCGAGCAGGUCACAGUAGUUGAUUUUGACAUUGAGAUCGAGCUCACACAUCUGCUUUACACCAACAUUCAAGAUCCUACAAAUGGGGCUUGGCGAGAAAUGCGAUCCGUCGGCAACCUCGAAAAGGUUCGCCGUGGAACCAUCUUCGCAACUCGUGCUCCCGGUUUCGGUGGUAGCGGUGGCAUUAUUGAGAAUGGCGAGCCCACCGUCGAGGAAUGGUGCCACCGCUUCUGCGCCAGCCGAGCUGGCCUCAAGAACAUGGCUUUUGAGCGCCGUGUUACCGGCUGGGACUGGGAUUAUUUGAAGAAACAUCUGGAGCGCCUGGUCAAGGAUACCAACUAUCGCGGCCACACCAGCAUCACAUUCCCGGUGAGGAACUCGCGCGUGGAGAUUUACAAUGCUUGCCGCGUGAACCAAAUGCGCUUGACCAAGUGGAUCGAGGUCAUGUUUAUGCUGACGCUCAUGUUCCUCUUUGCAUGGCCCUACCUGUUCUUCCGCACCAAGCGCUGGGAAACAGUCUACACCGAAUGGUCCAUGAGCCGCCAGGAGCCAGAUGGCACAGGCUGCAUGGAACGUCGAUAUACUUCCAUGAGUGAGGCACAGUGGUAUCACAUGUGGGCGAGAGCCAUCCAGAAAGCCGUGUUGGAACGCAGGCAGGGACACCUUGACCAGGGAGACGUCGAGAGGGCUGAUCAGCCGGCCGAUCAAGCUGGCGGCUUUGCUGGCAUGGUACAAGCUGGUGUAGAGGCUAUGGGGGUUGUAAACCGAUCAUUUGGAUGGGGAGGCGAUAGCGGCAGUGCUGGAGGUUCACGCUUCAAGUUUGGAAGGCGUUGA